AUGGCGACCCCAUCCGACGACAGCGGCAUAGCCGACCUCUGCCAGAAGACCAAGAACCUCGUCCCCCAAGAUCUCGGCUCCGAAGCAUGGACGCUCCUCGCCGGCGCCAUCAUCGCGCAAUCCACCAAGCCCCACCACCUCGCCACGCUCUACACGCACCUCACCACCACAGACCCAAACUUCAACACCCCCGCCAGCCGCACGCGUCUCUCCCUCCGCUUCCGCGACCUCCUCCUCAAACAAGUCACGCUCGUCGGCGCCCCGCAGGUGCUCUGCGCCGUCAUCCCCCUCGCCAAAGCCGACGCCUCGGACCACGGUGCGCAGCACGCCUCCGUCGCCGCCGCCGCCCAAGCCAGCACCCUCUCCCCGCAAUGGCACGACAUCUCCGUGCCCGCGAUCCACGCCCGCGGCUCGCAGACCAUCGACACCAUCUAUGGGCCCCUGCUGCCCAGCAUCUUCGACUCGUUCGGCGCGCACUCGGCCGACGUGCAGUUCAUGGAGCUGUUUUCCGUGUACGGCAUGUAUCUCUCCGAGUUCACGCACCUGACGCCGCUGGAGACGGAGCUGGUCGUAUUCGUGACGAUCAUGUGUACGGGCCUCAGGGGGCCGGGGUUGUGGCACAUGCGCGGGAUGGGGAGGUUGUUGGGCGCCAGAGGCACGGACGAGGGGACGGAGCAGAUGCGCAAGAUCAAGGAUCAGUUGCGGGACGUCAAGGUGGCGGCGAUGGAGGUGGUGGAGUGGUUGGGCGAGGAGAUGGUGGUCAAGAGUGGGUUGAACGGAGGCAUGGAUGGGCGGGGGUGGGCUAAUGUGGGAGAUGUGGUGAGGGAGUUGGGUGGGUGGGGAGAUGACCCAUUGCCGGCGGCGUGA